AUGUCCAGGAAGAGGAUCGCUGUGAUUGGAGCUGGGAUCAGCGGACUGGCUGCCAUCAAGUGCUGCUUGGAUGAAGAUCUGGAGCCCACCUGCUUUGAAAGAAAUGAUGACAUCGGAGGCCUGUGGAAGUUUCAAAAAAACGCUUCAGAGAAAAUGCCGAGUAUCUACAAAUCUGUGACCAUCAACACUUCCAAGGAGAUGAUGUGCUUCAGUGACUUCCCCAUACCCGACCACUUUCCCAACUACAUGCACAACUCCAAACUCAUGGAAUACUUCAGGAUGUAUGCCAACCACUUUGGCCUCCUGAAAUACAUUCGCUUCAAGACCAGAGUGCGCAGCGUGAGCAAGCGCCCCAACUUCCCGACCAGCGGACAGUGGGAUGUGGUGGUGGAGGCCGAGGGCCAGCGGGAGUCGCUGCUCUUCCACGGGGUCCUGGUCUGCAGCGGGCACCACACGGACCCCCACCUGCCGCUGCAGUCCUUCCCAGGCAUUGAGAAGUUCACAGGUUGUUACUUCCACAGUCGGGAAUAUAAAAGUCCUGAGGACUUCUCAGGAAAGAGGAUCAUCGUGGUUGGCAUCGGGAAUUCUGGAGUGGACAUCGCUGUGGAGCUCAGUCGAGUUGCAAAGCAGGUAUUCCUCAGCACUAGACGUGGGUCGUGGAUUUUGCACCGCGUCUGGGAUAACGGAUACCCUAUGGACAGCUCAUUCUUCACUCGAUUCAAUAGUAUUCUCCAGAAGAUAUUAACUACAGCAUCAAUAAAUAAGUACCUGGAGAAGACACUGAACUCGAGAUUCAACCAUGCUCACUACGGCCUUCAGCCACAACACAGGUGA